ACAGAAGAACAACCAUGUUAACCAUCCUGUAUAUACAUAGAUACGAAGUAUUCUUUGCAGCAUUGGUAAAGACCGUUGUGUGACGUGGGACAGUCAUGCCUUCUGUUGGGGUCCCAGUGCUUGCGCCUCCUGCGCCACCACCACCCCCUAUCCAAGGGUAUGCCUUCAAGCCUCCACCACGGCCGGACUUUGGGACCUCUGGGAGAACAAUCAAACUACAGGCCAACUUUUUUGAAAUGGACAUCCCCAAAAUUGACAUCUACCACUAUGAAUUGGAUAUCAAGCCUGAGAAGUGCCCAAGGAGGGUUAACAGGGAAAUAGUGGAACAUAUGGUCCAGCACUUUAAAACACAGAUCUUUGGGGAUCGGAAGCCAGUGUUUGAUGGAAGGAAGAAUCUUUACACGGCUAUGCCCCUUCCAAUUGGUAGAGAUAAGGUGGAGCUGGAGGUCACACUGCCAGGAGAAGGCAAAGACCGCAUCUUCAAGGUAUCCAUCAAGUGGGUAUCCUGCGUGAGCUUACAGGCGUUACAUGAUGCACUUUCGGGGCGGCUGCCCAGUGUCCCUUUUGAGACGAUCCAGGCCCUGGAUGUGGUCAUGAGGCAUUUGCCAUCCAUGAGGUACACCCCUGUGGGCCGUUCCUUCUUCACCGCGUCUGAGGGCUGCUCCAACCCUCUUGGUGGGGGCCGAGAAGUGUGGUUUGGCUUCCAUCAGUCCGUCCGACCUUCUCUUUGGAAAAUGAUGCUGAAUAUUGAUGUGUCGGCGACAGCUUUUUAUAAGGCACAGCCAGUGAUUGAGUUUGUUUGUGAAGUUUUGGACUUUAAAAGUAUUGAAGAACAACAAAAACCUCUGACAGAUUCCCAAAGGGUAAAGUUUACCAAAGAAAUUAAAGGUCUAAAGGUGGAGAUAACGCACUGUGGGCAGAUGAAGAGGAAGUACCGUGUUUGCAAUGUGACCCGGCGGCCCGCCAGUCACCAAACGUUCCCACUGCAGCAGGAGAGUGGGCAGACAGUAGAGUGCACAGUGGCCCAAUACUUCAAGGACAGGCACAAGCUGGUUCUGCGCUACCCCCACCUCCCAUGUUUACAAGUUGGACAGGAGCAGAAACACACCUACCUUCCCUUGGAGGUCUGUAACAUAGUGGCAGGACAGAGAUGUAUAAAAAAGUUAACGGACAAUCAGACCUCAACCAUGAUCAGAGCAACUGCCAGGUCGGCACCUGAUAGGCAAGAAGAGAUCAGCAAAUUGAUGCGAAGUGCAAGUUUCAAUACAGACCCAUAUGUUCGUGAAUUUGGAAUCAUGGUGAAAGACGAGAUGACAGAUGUGACUGGGCGUGUCCUACAGCCACCCUCCAUCCUGUAUGGGGGCAGAAACAAAGCAAUCGCCACCCCUGUCCAGGGUGUCUGGGACAUGAGGAACAAGCAGUUCCACACAGGCAUCGAGAUCAAAGUGUGGGCCAUUGCGUGUUUUGCACCUCAGCGCCAGUGCACAGAAGUCCAUCUGAAGUCCUUCACGGAGCAGCUCAGAAAGAUCUCAAGAGAUGCAGGCAUGCCAAUCCAGGGCCAGCCAUGCUUCUGUAAAUACGCACAGGGGGCAGACAGUGUGGAGCCCAUGUUUCGGCAUCUCAAGAACACAUAUGCUGGCCUCCAGCUGGUGGUGGUCAUCUUGCCUGGAAAAACCCCCGUUUAUGCUGAGGUCAAACGUGUGGGAGACACUGUGCUGGGGAUGGCCACACAGUGUGUGCAGAUGAAGAAUGUGCAGAGAACCACACCACAGACUCUGUCCAACCUCUGCUUGAAGAUCAAUGUCAAGCUGGGAGGUGUCAACAACAUCCUGCUGCCCCAGGGCAGGCCUCCUGUAUUCCAGCAGCCUGUCAUCUUUCUGGGAGCAGAUGUCACUCACCCACCUGCUGGGGAUGGGAAGAAGCCUUCAAUUGCCGCAGUCGUGGGCAGCAUGGAUGCACACCCCAACCGCUACUGUGCCACUGUGCGUGUACAGCAGCACCGGCAGGAGAUCAUCCAGGACCUGGCUGCCAUGGUGCGUGAGCUCCUCAUCCAGUUCUACAAGUCCACACGCUUCAAGCCCACCCGCAUCAUCUUCUACCGCGACGGUGUCUCUGAGGGCCAGUUCCAGCAGGUCCUACAUCAUGAGCUGCUGGCCAUCCGUGAGGCUUGCAUUAAGCUGGAGAAGGACUACCAGCCGGGGAUCACGUUCAUCGUAGUGCAGAAGAGGCACCAUACACGGCUCUUCUGCACUGACAAGAAUGAGCGGGUUGGGAAGAGUGGGAACAUUCCAGCAGGCACAACGGUGGACACGAAAAUCACCCACCCAACAGAGUUUGACUUCUACCUGUGUAGUCACGCUGGCAUCCAGGGGACAAGCAGGCCUUCUCACUACCAUGUCCUUUGGGAUGACAAUCGAUUUUCUUCUGAUGAGCUGCAGAUUCUGACCUACCAGUUGUGUCACACCUAUGUGCGCUGUACACGCUCUGUGUCCAUCCCUGCACCAGCCUACUAUGCUCACCUGGUGGCCUUCCGAGCCAGGUACCACCUGGUGGAUAAGGAACACGACAGUGCUGAGGGAAGCCAUACCUCUGGGCAGAGCAACGGGCGAGACCACCAAGCAUUGGCCAAGGCGGUCCAGGUCCAUCAGGACACACUGCGCACCAUGUACUUUGCUUGACAUGUUCUAGUGUUUAGCGAUUGUGCACACCAAGUUGGAUUCACAUGAGACCAGCUACACUCAGACCAACAGACGCCCAGCCCUUCCGUGACAGCCAGCAUCGAACAUGAAACGUCAUCGAUUUUAUUAGAUUCUCCAUUUUCCAGAAUGCCUUCCGUCCCAGAUUUCAAACUUGGAUUUUGAACUGCAGACCUGUAUGAGACCCCAUUGUCGUAGGAAAUAUGGUUUGCCAAAAUCUAUAAGCUGCUUAUUAAAGUAGAACCCCGUGUUUCCUAAAAAUCUCCUAAAACCAGUCUAUGAACUCAGGGCUUUAAAACAUUUUUAAUUUAUUUGAUCAUUCAAUUUACUUGUUUUUAAUGCAUGAUUCUUUAUGAAAUUGAUGGGCUCAAACUAGCUGUGAAUGUUCUCCGAGAGUGAAAGCAACACAAACACGAUUGUGGUUUUAAAGCCUUGAACAUUUUGAUGUUGUCACUAAUGUUGAUCCCUGCGAUGCUGUGUGCUCCUGGCAUGGCUGCACAAGCUCCACAGCCCCAAGGCCAGGUGGCCAUGCGAGGCAGCCAUGGGCAUGUCUCACCAUGCCACUGCCUGCCUCACAUGGCCUCAGCAAAGGAGCAGUGGCAGGUAGGCCAUGUGUGUUUACAGCAGUGACAGGUCAAGAGACUGGCAGACAAGUGCCAUUUUAAUAAAAAUUUAUUUAAAAGAAAAAGACAAUAUACUGACAGUCUAAUCAUAAGAUUUGUUCUAUAGGACUGUGACAUUUAUUUUCCAAAGUUUCUAAAGAAUACGGGUCUGUGGUGAUAAAUACAGUACAAUCCUUUUUCACUGUUAUGUCUUUAAUGUAAGAGAAAAAUAUAUAUAUAUCUGGUUUGCAGUAUUAAUGUGAUAGAUAGAUGCUGUUUUCCUUUUGUUGACUACGGGGUGCUUCAUGUGACCUAUUUCGCAUAUCAGGAGUGUUUGGAGCCUGGAGAUGGGCCACCUCUAGUGGCUCUUAGUGCUUAAGUACAGGAAUAUGCAACUGACUUCAUGUGAUGCGAUCCUCCUCCCCUGUGGACUCUGUAGCCUAUACCUCUGGGAGGGACAGUGUGCCCACCAGUCACCACCCUCCUGCCACCUUGUCCCCAUGUGUCACUCAGCUGAUGAAGCACAAAUGGAAUUUAUUCUUCUAUCGCUGGGAAACAAGUUCAUGUGUCGGAGUGCACUUCUCUCGGUGUGCAGUUUUGGUGGGCAAGCUUCAUAGGAUCUAUGCACUGAAACCAAGAGAGCUGCCAGUGGCUGAGAGGCCCAAGGCAAGCAACAGAGGGCAGAGACUGCUUGGUUAGGAUUUGCAUUUGGGGCCCCAGAUGGGGUUUACCUAUCUAGAAACCGUUGCACUAAGAGUGACACCAUGGACGAUGUUAAAGGAUAACAAUUGCUGUUUGUGCUGAAUGAGCUUUUGGUCCUUGAAUACAAUUUGAGUAAGAAUCAGAUCCAUGUUCUACUUAGAAGUUCAAAAGGAAGGAAAUGAGCCUUCCCCUGUGCUGCUUUGUGCUCUAUAGGUUUCCUCUCUCCCUGCUGAUGUCCCCUCCCCAGCCCUGUGUGACAUUACCUCUGGCACUGUGGUAGAGUGAGGGUCCCAAAGGUGGUGCCUAAGGCUAGAAUAGGCACCCACCUCUGUCCCCCUGUCCCCAUCAUUGACCUGCUUUGGACGUGGUGGGAAGGCCCAAGAGCCCCUGGCCCAGUGGUCCCAACACUGGGCCUAGACUGGUGGCAGUGACAAGGGGUAGCUGUGAUCUGUGAAGAUGUGUACUCCGAGUGGAGUGUGUGUCUGUGUGUGCAUGUAGGUGUCUUACUAAUGACAUUAGUCUCUUCUUGCUGUAUCUUUUUUUUUCUACUCUUUAAGUGACAGCAGCCCCCGCAUUAAGAAGCACUGCAGCUGCCUGUUGUCUUUUUGGCAAAUGGCACUUUCUCCUGUUUCCAGAAGGGCACAAAUAUACUGAGCUUAGCUCACCAGGCACAUUGAAGCUGAAGAGGGGACUCUUCUGACUAGUCAGUUUUCAGAAUCUGAAAUUAGGUUAGUUUCAGCCAUUCUUAGAGCCAUCUGCAACCAUGUGUCUCUACCCCCAAAAACAGGAUUUCAGUCUUCGGGGAUUGUGGGUCUUGUCAAUGCAAAUUCCUGGGCCACUGGGCAUCUGCAUUUUAAACCAUCACUUGCAGCUCUGGUGUAGCUCUUGAGGUUUACUCAGGCUAUCCACCUGGGGCACCAGGGGGCCAGCUGGGAGGACCCCCUCAGCAAAGCAAAGAGGCCUUGAGCGAGCUAAGGCCUAAGGAAGAAUGCAGGCUGACAGAAAAUUAGACCGAUAGGGUUUUUGUUUUGUUUUUCCAUUUUGAAGUGUACGUUUUCUUUUUAGUGGGCCAAAGUACUUUAAGAAGUGUACUUUUUAUAGCCCUAUGCUCAUUUUAUAAGCUUUUAAUACUAAAAACAUUAACAGACCAAAUGUCUCCACUUGAGUUAGCUACAUACCUUUGUACAUGUCUGACGAUUCACUUUAAAUGGCUGUAGUUACAAUUUCUCAGGUAAAUAAUUGUUUUCCUAAUUUCUACCAAUGCCUCCAUUACUAGCAUACGUUUUGAGACAGUGCAAAACCUCAGAAUACAGUAAGAUAAGUCCAAGCCCUGUUCACAGAAGCUACAAGGGCACUUGCGUCUCCUUGGACUGUGGCUGCCAGGUUCCCCAGUGGCUCCUCCUUGGUGCGCCUCCCACAGUGCCGCCUGUUUAGGAUUGAGACUUGCCCAUUUGCUGGCUUUGUUCCCACCCCGCUGUUAAGUAAGGUGUGCCUUGCUUUAAGCAAACUGAAUGUGAAAAUUAUGAUGUAGAAGUCUGGAUCCAUUUAAAAGAAAAGCUAGAGUUUAUCUCUUUAAAAGAGAUCUCCCAAUUAGAUUUCCAUAGUGGGACUCUUCUAGUAUAUUUAAAAAUAUUCAUUUUUUAAAAACAUUACUGAACUCUCAUCCUCUUACCACUGUUCGUUACACUCAGCAGUUCUCCCUGUGAGAACUUAGAAAUGCAAGCUCAGGGGAGCCAUUGGUAGUUCCUGUUACUUGCAUAUUGUAAGCUCACGUUUUCCUAUUUCAGAUAAAUUUUGUAAAACUGAGUGUAUCUGUUCUUAAGAAAGGGAUGUUUUGGUUUUGCCUUUGCUUUCUGGUUCUGAGAAGUCUUUGCACAUACUGUUGAUACUCCACUUUAGGGUCUGCUUGGUCUCCUUAGGUCAGGUUGUCGUUGGCCAUGGCCUCACACUUUCAGUCUGAAGGCCACAUGGCCAUUGUGCUGGCUUGCUCUGGGAGGGCACUGUCGCAAAUGGGGAGUAAGAGUUGAACUUUUCUCAGCUGGCCUAAACACUGCCUGUUAUUCCUAAUGUUCACCCCCAUUACUGAGCAGUCACUAGAGACAGUUUCAGUCCUUGCAUUUUAUUGUUAUAUGUUAUUUUUAUUGUUGUUAAAUGCAAAUGUUGCUAUUUAUUUUUUCCUUUCUGCUCUGGUUUGAUUUGGCUGAUAUGGAUAUUCCAGCGCAUGUGGUACCUGAUGGAUAUGGUAGGAAUUAUUUUACCCAACUUUUAUAAAUGACGUAAUGUUUACCUUCAAGUUUACCGGAUGAUUUAUUUUUGAAAGCCACAAAUGUAAUUUUUCUGGAUGAAUUGUUUUUCUUAUAUAUGCAGCAGCAAUGUGCUUUUACAUUGAUCUGCAGGGUGAUUUAAAUUUUAUUUUUACAAGGCAGUUUUUCAGCCAAAUUAUAUAUUUGAUACAAUAUGUCAAGGGUAGACCAGCAUGCCUCAUGCAGCUGGGACACCAGAGUGUCUCCAGGAAGCUUUGGGGCUGAGACAACCUCUCCUGGUUGCUCGUGGUCACUUAGCACUUGGCUUGUCAUGGAGCCUUCAGGAACUGGAUGUAGUCCAUCAGCAUGGCUUUUGAUCUGUUGGACAGUUACAAGGAUUUUCUCAUGGGCAUUUUCCUGCACCUAAGGCAGUUCCAUUAGGAGGCGCUUUAGAUAUUACCUAAUCCAGACAGUGGACAAUCCUGGUGGCCCAGACAAGCCAUAAGAAACUUUUCUGUGACCUCUUUUUGACUCAUCUCUCACGCUCAUGAGAAAAGGAAUGUACAAUAGUAGAAAAGAUAUUUCCUCAGUGUUCAUGCGCCUCACUUGCAGAAUGCAAAUAUUUUAUUUAUAUUUUAAGCCUUUCCCCAAAGUAACUGAGAACAUUGUCUCCAGCUGUCAUGCCAGCAGUCUCGCUGCUGUGACAAGUUUUGAUGUAGACACAGUGUACAUGUGACUCUGUCAUGGAGUGUCCCUAUUACAUGCAUGCUUGACUCUUUUGUAAGGAAAAGUUUUCAACUCGAAAUAAUUGCACUGAUUUUUUUGACAACUUGUUUUAUUAUGUCCAACUUUGCAUCUGCUGUACUUAAAUGAUUGUAAAUAGAUUCAUGGUAGCAGAAUGAUGUGAAUACAGGACACUGCUUCGCUUCAGUGACACCACCAUGCAUUUCAGUAUUACACGUUAAGAGUUGUGCAGACCUGCUUUUGUUCUGCUCUUCAGCCUCGUCUCUGAACCAUUCAUGAAGGACAAACUAGAUUCAUUUUUCUGUUUUUCUGACAGUAAGUUUCCCAUAUGUUUGAAAGAGACUGUGCUCUCCUGUUAUCUGGAGAUUUGAAUGUAAGAGGAUUAAUUGUAAAUCUUUGGGACUUCCUGGUCUUGUUCAAUAUCUUUUUACUUGCCAUGGCUCCUGCAAGCAUUUCCUUCUAGUCCAAACCAGCCUUUGACAUUGCAGAUAGGAAGCCUCUGCAUGAUCUGUGUUAAUGGACUGUGGGGUGGUCUCCCUUGCAUCCCUUUGGCCAGUGUCAGUUUAAAGCCAUGAGGUUACUGUUAUGUCAAACUGUCAUUAUAGCUGUACCUAUAGAUGCCAGAGAGACCUGAUUUGAAACCUAGUGCUGGUCCCUAUGCCGUGACACUGCUGGAUUUGAAGUUCAUGCUCCAGCCCCAUGUGUAACUCUGGCCAGACUACCCAGUGUCAGGUACAGAGGGGCUGUCGUGUGUGUGUGUGAAUGUCACAUCAGUGCCAUCAUGGUCCCUUACUUUGCUUCUCCUCAUAUGUUCUGCCAUUUUAUUGUCUCAAGUGAAUGUAUUGGCUUAGCCAAAUCACUACAGAAGGUGGUUUCUGAAUACUUUUUAGUUAAACAAAUGCAGAUAAAAGCUACCUCUGAAUUCUCAAUAGAUCCAUGUUUUCUCAUAAGCGUAGCUAUCCACACUGAAAAUAGCCAAAAUGUUGCCUAAAUAAACUGAAUUGUGAACAUCUCUCUAUUCAGUUCUGGCUUGAAAAUGUGUGUGCCAUACUGUGAUGGGGGUGGAGGAGCAGCUCCCUCCUUCUCUGCUGUGUCAGUGGACCAGGGACUCCUCAGCACUGUCCAGCUGAGAUUCCAGCAUUCUGAGAGGCCAGCAUGAAAAGAACCAAGGGCUUUUCUGCAUGGGCAGUGUGCCAUCCCUUGGCUGGCAGGAGUGUCUCUGUGUAGGACCACAUGUGUGGUGGAGCCUUGAAAUAACCCUGCAUCCCUGCUUUCAAUUCCCUGUUUAAUAUAAGAAAGCACUUUUUCCCUCCUACUUACUUCUUCUGAAUGGGUUGAAAAUUGUUUCCUCUGCUCUCACCUCCCUUUUUAUACCCUAUAUAAUCACCAAGGUGCUUCAACACCAACUCUUGUGCAAAUAAUACAUUUAAAAUAGUUCCACGAUUUCAAAAGGCUUUGGGACUUGAGUUACUGUCACUUCUCACUUAAAAAUGAGCUAAGAUUUGAAAGCAAAACAUUGUGUUCCAAUUGAGCACCCUUUGAAAAGACCACAGGGUCUGCAGUUGGAGUAGAAGUUGCCACCAGCAGCUCUGGCGAUGGUCUGAGGCUGACUUGCACUAAGUCUGUCUUUUGAAAGUUGGUGCCUCUGACCAACCCUCUUGUGAUUAUCCACAUUUCUGUCAGGAAUGUCUUUCCCUCGCACCACACGUGGAUCACUCAGUGUUCUCUGGCCUCCUCCACUUCUAUCUGUAGGUUCCUUAAGUUUUGUAGUAUUUGGAAAGACAGCAGUCACUCCAAAUACCUCCUCCGUAAAGGCAGGACAGGUUCACAGCUACAGUUGGCCGGGUGUGUGAAGAUGGCUUUGUCCUCUUUCGGAUGCCUAUCAGACCCUAACUUUAGCCUGGGGGAUUUUAAUACAUCAUCCCUUGGAGGAAUUGCCUUUAACACUGUGGUUUGGGUUCCAUUGCUGUUUACACCAUAUACCACAUGGUGUGCUUUGAUUCUGAAAGAGCUAAGUAAGUGUCUUGCAGAUUUAUUGAAAAGGUUUUCAAUUCUGCCAUCACACUGUUCUUUACCCUGCAAGCAUGGACAUUUAGGGUGGGUGUCAGUGAUGACCCUGAUCUGCUUCAGUGGCUGCUUGGGUCCUCAGGGUUGGCCUUGGGUUUUCAGCCAGAAUGCAGUGAGGGCAUUUGAGAGGACAUUGUGCAUCAGGAAGCUGGGUUGGCUCCAUUAUGUGAACCAUUGCACUCAGAUCUGCCCAUCAGCUGGUUACACUCAUAUCUCCAGGAUCGGGGGGAGUUGCCCACUUGACACUUGUGAAAGAUUAAACAGCACUGGAGAUUGCUGGUGCUUUUGCUUAUAAUUUUCUUACUGGUCAAAGUGAAUAAUUCAGACAUAUUUGGGUCUUUUAGUGCCCACGGUGGUGUGACUGCAGUAUUAAGACCUCACAUCACCCCAUCCCCUUUUUUGAGGGGUGGAAGAAGGCUGAAUUCUUUCCUACUUAAAACCUCCUUGGAUUUAGGUAGUUCAGAGUUGAAGCUAAGACACCAAAUACUGACUCCCCCCCCCCCCCCCCAAGUGUCUCCAGGAACUAGAUGUAAAGGCCCUCAUCCAGUUCUUCCGGAAUCUUCAUGGUCCUUAAAACCUGUGACUUGAUCCCCAGAACACCCACACCAUCUACCUGCCAGGGGUUCCAACGCAGGCUGCUUGAGGGGGCAGGGCUCCUUGAGGGCAAGACAGGGCAGGCUCUCUGUCCCAAAAAGCAGAUAGCCCUAGGCCUUCCUCUGGUCUCUACCAGCACCCACCUGAGUGUGUCUGGAGACCCAAUCCCAGACUCUGUGCCUUUCAAGUCUGGUCCUCAGUGUCCUUUGGGAAUUCUGUUGGGGCUGUAUUUUUAGUGGAAGUGAGCCUGAAUCAUUCCACAAGUCAGUCACAGGCCUCCUGCCUUGGAAGCUCCUUUCUGCACUCAGCUCCUGACUGCAGUCUAUAACACCCUGCAGGCUACAGCUGCCAGGGUACCUGCUGCCAGAUCCCUCCAUAGUUUCUGUGCUCUGACAAGCGCGUGUAUCUCUCCUGGGGUUUCAGGAAACUGGUGCAAGACCAUCUCUUAGUCAAGCACUGACCAUGACCAUCAGCAAAACCUACUGGUUUUGUUCUCUUAGUCACUCAGCAAGAAUGUCUUGUAAUGGAAGUAGAUCGCUUUAAAAGGAGUUGGAAUCAUGUCUUUGUAAAAUGUGUGUGAAGUCCUCAGGUGUAAGGUGCUAUUCAGUCCUUAUUUUGGAAUGCUUUUCAUUGUUGUUCUAUUUUGUGAUUUUCUGUGACUGUCGGGGAAACCGCUUACUUAGGUGUGGUGUCACUUGAGCUGUGCAUAUAGGACUCCAGCUUCAACAUGCCUGAAAUGCAGUUUUUAUCCCUAAGUUUUUCAAGCCAGGUGUUGAGCAGUUUCUUGGCCAGUGUCUAAUUUAAAACGACCCCUCCCUAUCAAGGGAUGAUUUUGUUGGUUUAAAGUGGGGGGGAGAAAUCCAGCAUAUUUAUUUUUAAAUAGACAUAUAGAAAAGGCCUUUCCCUCCCAGAGUCACUGGCUGCAGAGGGAUAAUGCAUUAACAGUUUUGGUUACUCCUUCAAAGCCAAAUACUCACUUAUGGCUAAAAUUCUCAACUAUCUAGUUUAGUAUUAUACUGAAAUUUAAGUCCUGAGUUUGGUGGUGGAUUUUAAUGUAGUUCCUAAAGAUAUGAAAAUUCAUGUUUUAUAACUGUAGAGGCAAGUGAGUUUUUAUUUUUUAAAAAAGUUGUAAGAGAAUAAUUGAAGUUUCUGUGCAGCAAAGUGGCUGAUGACUCAUUAAAUAUAAGAAGAGAAUGUAGUACCUAAACCCAGACUUUUCUUACCUCUGAUACACUUCAGAUUACUUGCCUAAUACCUAAUAUGUAUUGAGGGGUUUUAACCCUUAGUUUUAUCAAUUUUUCUAGUUUUAUUUUAUUUUUAUAAAAUAAUUGAAAAAGAACCAAAAAUGAAUUCAAAAGUCCCACUGUGGAUCUUGCCCCUUCUUAAUUUCCCCCUACAAAACAUUUUAGAAGACAUUUUGAAUCAAAAUGUAUUACGUCCCUUUAAAGUUUACUAUUUUCUAAGAAGUUGAGCAGCUAAAAGGGCAUCAUUUCAGGUGGUACUCUAUGUAUUGUCCAUGGACUCGUUUAUACCUGUACAGUGGAUCUAUGUGACAAUGUCUUGUGCUUGCAAUAUAGAAACCAUGCAGUGCUAUUUGUAAAUUGACAGUUCCUGUAUAAACUAUUAUUUAUAUACAUUGGCCUCCGUAUAAUUUUUCAUUUGCUACAUGGAUUGUAUAAUUAAUUAUAAAGUUAUAGUACCUGCUAAUUCUAAUUCUGAGGCUUCAUGUCAUUAUCUUUAGUUUAAUACCAUUCUGUGUGUCUUGAGGAUGUCUAGUGCUUGCAUGAUGUUAGGUGGUACUGCCACUUCAAGCCUUAAUCCGAUAUUAAAUUUGUGAGUUUCAGAGUAUGCAAAAAUAUUAGGCAGAAUGAGUUUAAACUGUGCAGAUCGAGAUGUAUGUCAUAAUUCAACAAGUCUUUUCUCUGGAGUUAAAAAGGGAAGCAUCUGGUAACCCUCUCCCCUCUCCUGCCCUCCCCUCCCCUUCAAUCCCCUUCCUCCUCCUCUCCAGGUCUGACUUGGCUGUUGUCCUUGCUUAAUGACAAUGGAUGGACCAUUGUGCAUUUCUGUGGCAGUCAGGCAGAAAGACCUAUUCUGAAAGUCUAGAGACAUUUUCAGGGUUAUUUUUAAAUGUUUGAUUUUUUUUUUUUUUCCUCCAUGUGAGAUUUAUUUAUCUCCAGCAGGAGAGUAUGAUUUAGGCAUAGAUCUUACUCACAAACCUGCUCAUGUUCUAAGUUUUCUUCAGGUAGUGCCACCUGUUAUUGCUUCUGCAUGUGAUUAAAAUGAAUUUUUGUUUUUGUAAAAGCAUCUUCAAUUUAGAGGUAAGAUGGAGGGGACCCAGCUUUCUUUACAAUGUGGAUCUACCUCAGUUAAACAGUUGGGUGCUAUUUACUAAGUCUGUCAAACUAAAUUGGAAAAAGUAACCAAACAGUGAGAUGUAACUCCACAUGAAACUUGAAAUCAUAGUUUCCGUUUAUUUAAUAAUAUUUUUAUUUAUUUUGUGCCUUUUAUGUUGAACCCUAACACAUCAUAAAAAUCAGUAUAGAAUUACACUUUUUAUUGCAGGUGGGGAGAGGAGCCCAAUUGGCCAUGGAAUUUGGUAGAUUCCCAGCCAACUGCUGCGGUAUAUUGGAAUCCCAAUCCCAACUACCCUCUUGUGGAAAGGAAAAAAUUAUGUCCAAGAGCAAAUUUAAUAUUUUACAAACAAUAAAUUCCAAACUCUUCUAUGCAUAAUAUGCAUAUAUAUAUAUAUAUAUAUAUAUAUAUAUAUAUAUAUAUAUAUAUAUAAAAUCACUUUAUUUUCUGUGCCAGUGAGGGCGGCCAAAAAAAAAAAAAAACAAGUAAUUUUAGCAUUGCUGUCUUAGCCAUUCAUGCCCCUCUUCCUCUGGCUUGUUUUUUAAGAGUUUCUUUCAUAAGCAGCAGAUGGACUGUUGUCAGUUUCACCUCUCCUGGCCUGCCCAGUGGAGGUGCUAAUGACCAUGGACAGAGAAAGGGCGAGCCUAAGUCUGUCUGCAGGGGUAACAUCUGCCUUCUGCAGCAGCCCCAGGAUUUCUAGAAGUUAGCAAAGCUUUCUGACGGGUAACAAAAUAAGAUAGGAGAUGGAUAACUUUCCAUGCUUUUAUAUUUGGCAGUUUACAAUUCUAGACUUUUCCUACUGUGGCAAUCUUUUUAAACUUACUUCUUUGGAGGUAACAAUAUUUUGAAGUCUUAAGAAUUUGAUUUUAUACCAAUAAGAAAUAAAAGUUAGGGAUCUUUCCUAUAGUAUACAGUUUUACUAUUUUAAGGAGAUCUCUGAAUUUUACAAGAGAACCAACAUUCCUUGUGGCAAAACUUUGAAAGUUGAUUUGGGAGGCUUUUUGCUGCAGUAUCUCAAAAAAAAAUAUUCUAGUUAAAUGUUUUUAAUUUUUUAACUUCCAUCAGGUUAAUACUUAAGGUAUAUUUUAUAAAGAGUAAAUCAUCCUUUAGUAUGCUGCAUAUAAAGAUCAGCAUUGUUGCACUUUCUCAAUAAUAAUAAAUGCCCUAUGAUUGGCUCGCCAGGAUGCAUUUUGUUUUAACCUAACAAGAGUACUUGGGGGCAGGUAAUUAAAUUUAUAUAGGUACCUCAAGAAAAAGAACCUGCAUAUGCUGCAUUUUGUUUCUUUAGCUUUUACAUGUAGCAUUUUGUUUUGCUUCUAUUAUUUUGUUUAGAGAUAUGCUUUUUUGGACCCCAAUAGAUUGUUGAAAGAAAUAUAAAGUUACUCUUGUAGAGGUAUAGUAUCCUUUAUUUUGUUUUAAACUUAUUGCAAUAUCUAGUUCAAAGGUUGCCCUACAUUACUUUACCCAGAUACACCUGAGGAAAAGGAUACUAUGUUUAUAAGCAGAUAGUAAUGUUCCUAAGCCUUUCUGCUCAUGCUGCUUUCUUGAUUCCCUUUCCCAUGUCAUCUAGAGGUUGGAUACCUUAUUUCUAAGCUCAAAAUUACAAAUCAUGGCAUUCUAAUUUUUCAACACAGACCUCACAAAAUUGUCAUUGAGUAGCAUGACGCUAAAAGGUGCUGCUGACCAAAGCAGCCAAUGAGUCUGGCCCCUGAAGAGCCAGUCUUCACAUUUUGUUACUCCUCACACUCACCCCAGACUGAACAGGUGGGGAGUGGUCUGGAUGGGUAAGAUAAACUGGUGAAGAAAGCUAAAUGCUGAGAUACUGAGCAUCUAUCGUCGUGUUUAAGCUUAGCUGGGUCCUUUCAAGUUUGUUUUUACAGCUUACUAGGUUAAGUAGUUGCACUAUUUUUGCAAUAAAUUCAUGGAAUACCUAACAGUUACUGUUUUGUUUCUUACUGUGUGUAUAUAAACUAAUACUAAAGUUUGGCAUAGUGUUUUUUCACCUCCUUACAUAACCCCUAACAUGCACAGAAUGCUGUAAAUCUGAUAAAAUAUGAUGUGAAUGAUAUUUUAUAAAGUUAUUUUGUAUAGUGUCAAUUUUGUUUUGCCUCAUAGUAUGUCAGCAAAAAAUAAAAUAAAAUUCCUCAUAUUUACAGCU